AUGAGAGCCGCCGAUAAUCGCAUACACUCCUCCCACUCCUUCGAUAACGACAUCGUGGCGACUUUCAUGCUUGCGCUUCUCUAUUUGUGUCAUAAAUCUCCUUUUCUCGCGACUUCAACAAUCCGAUUGGAAACUUUGGCACAACCCGGUCAGCCAUUUACAUUCUACCGAAGUUUUGCUGUUUGA